CAUCAAAAGUCAAACAAGCGGAGAGCCAUGAAGCUGACCCUCACCAUUGGACUAAUCCUUGUUGUAACCGGUGCCCUCGCCCAGCCGCAGGGAAGGAUUGCUGGAGGCGAGGACGCUGUUCCCGGACAGCUGCCCUACCAGGCGUCCCUUUCCGUCGGUGGAAGCUAUAACUGCGGAGCCGUAAUCAUCGGCCAGCGGUACGCCCUAACGGCCCUCACCUGUGUCUGUUCUGAGGGCAAGGACACCCCUUGGCCAGCUGUUCUAUUCGCUGUGACAGUGGGAUCCGUGGAUCUGUACACUGGCGGAAAGCAAAUUCGUGUAGAGGAGAUCACCAUCAACCCCAACUACAACACCCUGAAGACUGGCAUCGCUUUCCUUCGCCUGCAGGAGGACGUUCCAUUUGGCGAGAAUGUGGCUGCCAUUCCACUGUCUCAGGAACUUCCACCCCUGGGCGCCCAGGUAGAGGUUUCGGGCUGGGGUCGCACUUCCGAAUCCGAAGUGAACAUGCAUCGUACCCUGCAAAUUGGAGCUGCUGAGGUGAUGGCACCACGCGAAUGCGCUCUGGCCAAAACCGAGGAUGUGGCCCAGGAAAACGACCAGGUGUUGUGUUUGGGCCAUGGACGUCGCCAGGGUAUUUGCAGUGGCGACAUUGGAGGACCUGCCGUCUUCCAGGGCCAACUUGUAGGUCUGGGUGCCCAGAUGCUCGGCGAGUGUGGUGGAAUGCUGCCCGAACGAUUCGUCAGCAUUCCGGCCAACUAUGAUUGGAUCCAGCAGCAGUUGCAAUAAAUCAAGAUACAUAGAAAAAGCA